AGAAAAGAAGGGCACACUUACACCCACACGAAUCAAGUGACUUCCCUACUUCAUUGCAAACCAAACCAAAACAAACAUGGCGGCAGCACCAGAAAACACCACCCUUCUUGAGUCCACAGAUUUUCCCUUGAAGAGGCAAAGAGAAGAAGAAGAUGAAGAUCAAUUACCUCACAACGGUUUCUCUGAAACUGUUCCAAAAGACCCUCAACCAAAUGGUUUAUCUUCUGUUAUUCCUGGCUGGUUCUCUGAAAUUAGCCCAAUGUGGCCUGGGGAGGCUCACUCCUUGAAGGUGGAAAAGAUUUUGUUUCAAGGAAAAUCUGAUUAUCAGAAUGUUAUGGUCUUCCAGUCAGCAACAUAUGGCAAGGUUCUUGUUUUGGAUGGGGUCAUUCAGCUCACGGAAAGGGAUGAGUGUGCGUACCAAGAGAUGAUCACUCAUCUUCCUCUUUGCUCAAUUCCAAACCCCAAAAAGGUUUUGGUCAUUGGUGGAGGAGAUGGGGGAGUCCUGAGGGAAGUUUCACGCCAUGCUUCAGUUGAAAAGAUAGACAUUUGUGAAAUAGACAAGAUGGUUGUCGAUGUCUCCAAACAAUUUUUCCCUGAUAUAGCAGUAGGUUUUGAAGAUCCACGUGUGACACUUCAUAUUGGUGAUGGAGUUGCAUUUUUGAAGGCAGCCCCAGAAGGAACUUAUGAUGCAGUUAUUGUGGAUUCAUCUGAUCCUAUCGGUCCUGCUCAAGAGCUUUUCGAAAAGCCCUUUUUUGAGUCGGUUGCAAGGGCUCUUCGUCCAGGAGGUGUUGUAUGCACUCAGGCAGAAAGUAUAUGGCUUCAUAUGCAUAUCAUCGAGGACAUCGUAGUGAAUUGUCGCCAAGUAUUCAAAGGCUCUGUCAAUUAUGCCUGGACCACGGUUCCUACAUACCCAAGUGGGAUGAUUGGUUUUAUGCUUUGCUCAACUGAGGGGCCUUCGGUCGAUUUCAAGCAUCCGGUGAAUCCUAUUGAUGAGAAUGAUAGCCAGCAUGCUGGAAGACCAUUGAAAUUUUACAACUCUGAGAUCCAUUCAGCAGCUUUCUGUUUGCCAUCUUUUGCCAAGAGAGCAAUUGCUUCUAAAUCAAAUUGAGAACAUUUUCAUGGGAUUGAAAGGGUGCUUAUGGAUGUUGUCGUUUAUUUAUCCUUUUAUUGGUCAAUCGAUCCAUCUCCCCGUCAAUGAACGUGGAAUAAAGUAGUACUUCAAGUUGACAUUGAAGUGUAACUUUUAUUUCAUGAAAAUGAGUUGUAGUUGAUGGAUUCAGUUCUUAGGAACUUAUCUCAAACAUUAUUGACAAUAUGGAACUUUUUGUUUAAUGCAUAUGCUUGCUCUUUACCUAUUUUUUGAA